AUGCUCACGAAAAAGAAAUCCGACCCAGACUUUUUGGGUUCCUUGAAGCAAAUUGCGAAUAAGAGUGACAACCCUCUCCAAAGUCAUCUCGACGUCAAGGUGCAGUUGGAACUCAAUCGAACAAGCAGUCCUCGCCAACUUUAUAGGUUUCAAAAACCUGAAAGCUUUACCUAUGAACCGCGCCGCACACAUCUAUCAGCAUCAAAGAGAAUAAAAAAGAAGAGCGAUGCAAUGGUGCAGUCCCACAUACGCGAAUUUGUUUCUUUUGAUGGGAAUUAUCAUAGGAAUUCUGUGGCUACAGCGUUGUCACUUUGGGAUUCUCGAUUGGAACAGAGAGAUAGUGAGAUCCUGCGAAUGAUUCAGAAAGCUGUUCGACCACCCGCAAAAAAGUCUUUUACUCAGGUGGCUCCAAAUGACCAAAGUACCAUCCGUGGCUUGCAGACAGAUGAAGACUGCAUUGCUUUCUUUGCUGCUCAUGGUUCGGGUAGUCAAGUGAAGUAUGUCUACUUGGAGCGUGCGCCUCAAGUUCUAGAUUUCAGGCCGUAUGAUCUUAUUGUAUGUACUGUAAAACGUGGAGUAGAAGAAAGGGAGCACUAUAUUAUGAGUGCAACAGGCGUUGUCCAUGUUCGGCCAGGGCAACCUUCUGAAGUUGUCAGUUUGGCACAAUGGAUGCGAGAGUCCUCUUUGUUCGAUGUUAUUCGUCGAAUUCAUUUCUUCAGGACCUACCUGGUAUAUAAGGCUUUUCUUCGGUGGCACAAAAAUAGCAGAGCAAAGCAGUUCUUAAGGACUCGGAAAUCACUUUCACGGGAAUUUUUGUUAUCGAAAGCUACCUUCAGUACCCCUGUUGUGAAUAUUUUGAAGAGUUCCUAUGAGCUUACUACAUAUUCACCUAUCCUCUACGAAGCACAGGGCAAACAUGAUUACGUUAUUGAAGAAUUUAGAGCGCAACAAUUGAAACAACGACAGAAGAGUAUUACAGUUUUGGGUUCCUGUAUUGAUCAAAUUGAAGCAGAUGUAACAAAACUGAUUGAGGUCAUGAAACGUAAAGCCGAUGUGCCUGAUCUUAAUACGAGGGAAGCUUUAGAGCAGUAUCUACUUGCCAACGCGGUGAUGUCAGGAAGCAAGUCGUCUCGUUCUCAAAUAAAAAUGAAGUCGAUGCAUGAUGCUCGCGAAGAGCAGUUUAAAAGAAUGCGUGAGCUAAAGCGAAGCAUAGUGGAAUACUCUCAGAUAUAUGAAUUUGUUUGUCUGGUGGAUUGUAUCGCAUCUGAAACAGUAUAUCGGACUACUCUUUCGUCAAUACAGUCGUUGUUUAACACUCUUCGAAAUCAAGAUAAUCAAGAAUUGCGUUCCAUUGGUUUUCAGGUUUUGUUGCAGGCCACACAAACUGAAUUGUUGUUUAACCCGGCUGAGAAGUCCAUUCGAGCAGUUUGUCUGGAAAUUAUUGCAGGAUGCAUUGAAGUUGCAAAUUCAACCGUGCGGUUGUGUAACCAGAAGCAUCUGAAGGGUUACUUUUCAAAGACGCCUCGUGUCUGGAACAUGGGCCACAUGCUUUCGUCCGACGCCCGUAUGCUAUUCCUUCAAGAGAGUAUCUUGCAAUUGGUGGGUCAUGAUUAUGCUCAAGCAAACACCAAAAUGCAAACAUAUCUUAUUACGCUGCCUCAUAUUCAUUUUCUGCAGAGAGAAUGGAGCUCUAUUUUGGCUGAGUGGGAAAAUGAAACUGAAGAAAAACCUCUUUCUGCAAUAAGUUUGGCUAAGUUGUACCUCAAGUUACAAGAGGCUCAUGAUGCCCUACGUGUAUUGAUGGCAUCCUUUGUAGGUCAUAUGUUGUGGGUCAAUGCUGCUAAGUUAAGGACCGAGAUUGAGCCACGUAUGCGGGUUAUUCGAGAAGGUAUUGAUGUAACACUUCGUUCGAUUACAAGAGAUGCUAUUGCAGCACUACAUGUUUACUUUAAGCAGAAAAGUCAAUUACUUAAUGAGCGUCCUUCUCAGCUUCAAGAGUUUGCUGAGUAUGUUGCAAAUUACAAGGCCAUUGUACAUGAGGCACCUGAAACAGAAACCAAACUUGCACAGGCUGAUGCUCUUUGUGAAUUAAUGGAUCGCCAACAGGUGGAGUUUUUGGAAGAUGAGGAUAAGCAGCUUAAAGAGAGAACUCUGGGAAGUAGCAGCAGUGCAUCUAUGUCUCUUAGGAUAGCCUUUGAUGAUGCACGACUUCAAGCAGAAGCAUUCAUUGAGGAAAAUUUGCCUUUUCAUACUCAGACCUUGGAGGUGACCGUGGCUAGUGUGGAGGAUGAAUGCAUUGGUAUUAAGCAGAUUAUAUCUGGUGAUGAGUUUGUUGUACUGACAGACAAUAUAGAGCCUAUUAUUCAGUACUUGAAGGAUAUCAAGCUCAAGCUUGACAAACUUGAAGAAAGCGAAAGACAACUUACCCACUAUGCUAAGUUGUUUGAUACUUCUGCCAUUGACUGGUCGUGUCUUUACGAGAUGGUCAAUUUACUUAAUAUCCGCUAUGAGACUUGGACACUAUUUGAUAAUUUUCUUUCCAGUAGAGAGCAAUGGUUUACCUGCCCUUUAAAAGAACUUGAUACACAUGCCAUUGAGGAUCAAGUCAAUGCGAUGGUUCGGCAGUCCGUUGCUCUUAACCGGCAGAUUCUAGAGAAAGAAUAUGAAGACGAGGUUACACCACAUCUCCUCUUAGAGCUUCAGGCACUUCGUGGCAGCAUACAAGUUAUUCAUGACUGUGGAAAUAAACACAUGACCCCCGCGCACUGGAACAUUGUAUUAAAGGAAGCUACCGGUAUAGACAAUCGCUAUCAUGAGGGUCUUAAUCUGCAAACUCUUCAAGAAUACAACAUUUUGGAUCACAAAGAUAUUCUUGCAGAACAGUCCGGGUUUGCCACGGGUGAGUGGAAGAUUGUUAAUGAUCUUGAUAAAAUCAAAGCUGUAUGGGAUGUUAUUCCUUUUGAAACAAUGCCCUACAAGAACCGUGAAAGAGCUUUUAUUUUAGCUCAACUCGAAGAUGUCAUUCAACAGCUUGAUGAUCACCAAAUUGAGCUUCAAACGAUUAUGGCCUCUCGUUUUGUAGCACCUGUGCGGGAACGUGUGGAGGAUUGGAUUCGGAAUCUUCGGCAUGUGGACGAUGUCAUUGAGGAAUGGAUUACUCUACAAAAGAAUUGGAUGUAUCUGGAGUUUAUAUUUUCUUCUGAUGAUAUCAAGGCUCAACUUCCCGAGGAAAGCGAUCAAUUUACAGCUGUGGAUGAACUGUUUCGGAUGCUGACGAUGCGGGCAGCCACAACCAAGAAUGUAUAUCAGAUUUGCACAGAUACUGGUGUGCUGGAACAAAUAAAAAAGAGCAAUGAGGCCAUCGAUCAUAUCCAGAAGAGGCUUGAGGACUACUUGGAGACGAAACGGGUUGUAUUUCCACGGUUUUACUUUCUUUCAAAUGAUGAAUUGCUUUCUAUUCUGUCGGAUGUGCGUAACCCCAAGGCCGUACAGCCUCAUCUAUCCAAGUGCUUUGAUUCAAUUGCAGCUCUUGUUUUUAAUGAUGAGGAAUGCUCGGAAAUUGUGGGAAUGUUGUCUGGGGAAAAAGAAGAAGUGAACUUUGAAAAAACUGUUUAUCCUGUGGGGAACGUGGAGCAAUGGUUGUGCCAGAUUGAGUCGACGAUGAAGGACUCAUUGCUUAUGCAUAUGCGUAAGACUGUUGAGGCAUAUCCACAACGUGUGCGUGAAGAGUGGUUUUUUGAACACCCUGCUCAAUGCAUUCAAGCUGUUGAUAUGGUUGUAUGGACAGGGGAAGUUGAAGAAGCCAUAAAUAUGGCAUCUUUAGGGAGCUACUAUGCAUCUUAUCAGCAGCAAAUUCUGCGCACAGUUGAACUUGUGAAGCAAUCAUUAACGAAGCUUCAACGUAUGCUUGUUUGUACGCUUAUUGUACUUAAUGUGCACAGUCGUGACAUUGUGCAAACGCUACAUGAGUCUAACGUUACAUCCCUUGGUGAUUUUGCAUGGACCCAGCAGCUUCGGUACUAUUGGGAGGCUACUAACAAUGUAAACUCAGGUAUGAGUGUUGCAAUUCGCCACUGUGGAGCACAUCUGUGGUAUGGUUAUGAGUAUUUGGGUAAUCAACCGCGUCUCGUAAUUACUCCCUUGACCGAUCGUGCGUUCUUGACAUGUACAAGUGCUUUGUCCAUGAAUCUGGGUGCCGCUCCUCAGGGACCUGCUGGUACUGGAAAAACGGAGUCUGUCAAAGAUUUAGGUAAGGCGCUUGCCAGACAGGUGGUUGUGUUUAACUGUUCUGACGGUAUCAACUACAAAACCAUGUCUCGCAUGUUUGCUGGUCUUGCUCAGGCAGGUGCAUGGGCGUGUUUUGAUGAAUUCAACCGUAUUGAGUUAGAAGUGCUCUCUGUGGUGGCACAGCAGAUGCUUGACAUUACCACUGCUCUUGCACAAAACCUACAUCACAUGUAUUUCGAUGGGCAUCCAAUUAAGUUGAGUAAAAAUUUUGGUGUCUUUGUCACUAUGAAUCCUGGUUAUGCUGGUCGUACUGAAUUACCGGAUAACCUGAAGGCACUGUUCCGUCCAAUUUGUAUGAUGAUACCCGAUUACGCCCUUAUUGCAGAAAUCAUGUUUUACUCUGAAGGCUUUGCCGAUGCAAGAACCUUGGCGAGAAAGAUGGUACAACUCUAUAAGCUAAGUUCUGAGCAAUUGUCCAAGCAAGAUCACUACGAUUUUGGUAUGCGUGCGGUGAAGUCAAUUCUUGUCUUGGCAGGUGGACUAAAGCGACAGCAUCCUACGGAGAGUGAAGAUAUGUUGUUGAUUCGGGCCAUGCGUGACGCUAACGUGCCCAAGUUUCUCCGCGAAGAUACUGUUCUUUUUAUGGCCCUCAUCAAAGAUCUAUUUCCCACCAUUAAGAUUGAGGAGUCUGAAUACGAUUUGCUGAAGCAUUAUGUGAAGCAGGAAAUGGAAAAGGAGGGUCUGCAGGUGGUGGAAGGUUUGGUGACAAAGACGCUGCAGCUGUACGAUACACUCGUCGUUCGCCAUGGUGUGAUGCUCGUAGGCCAAACUUAUAGUGGGAAAACGACAAUUAUGCGCACACUUCAAGGCGCUUUAACCCAGUUGAAGUUGGACGGUCACGAUCCUGAAGGUGCAACACCUCUAUUCAAUCGUGUGCAUAUUCAUUUGCUCAAUCCCAAGUCUGUCACAAUGGGUGAGUUGUACGGACAGGUCAAUGACAUUACGCGUGAGUGGACCGACGGCAUCAUUAGUAACAUCGCCCGAGGCAUUACACGGGACGCUCAGCACUCCGCCGAUCGUCAGUGGAUUGUUUUUGAUGGUCCAGUCGAUGCUAUCUGGAUUGAAAACAUGAACACGGUCCUGGAUGACAACAAACUUCUCUGUUUGUUUAGUGGUGAGCGUAUUAAGCUUCCCUCCACGGCGACAUUUAUGUUUGAGGUGCAGGACUUGGCUGUUGCCUCCCCUGCCACUGUCUCUCGUUGUGGUAUGGUCUUUUCGGAGCCCUACUACGUAGAUGGGGGGCGUGGCUGGAUUCCAAUUGUCAAAAGUCUGAUUGCACAAAAGGCCGCAUUGUUCCCAAUGUUUCGCGCCGAACGCGUCACAGAUCUGCUGAACCAAUUACUUCCCAUGACGCUUGAUUUCAUACGCAAAGAAUGCCGUGAGUGGAUUGUGUCUGUAGAUGCUCAAUUGGCCGUGUCAUGCGUAGAACUACUCGCGGCCUUUAUACGAACACUUGACGACGAGAGUCUUUUACCAAGUGCAUUGCGCUCACCCAACGCCCAGGAGACUGAUGCAGACGAGGAUGUAUUACUGCAGCCAGAAAAAAAGAGUGUAUCCCAUGUUGCAUUGCUAGUCAGUGAACCAGAGGAAUUUCGCCCUCCCACUAUCACAGAUAAGACAGUGCCGACAAAUGACGAAACCUUGUUCGAUAUGUAUUUUCUCAUGUCAUUUGUCUGGUCAGUCGGUGGGAACCUCUCGGACGAUUCCCGGGAACGUUUUAACCGCUUUGUGAAGAAGCAGUUUGUGGCCCUGUUGCCUGACAAAAUGUCCAUGGACGACAACCUCAGCGUUUACGACUACGUGGUGCACAAGCCCUCGAUGCAGUUUGUCACAUGGCGCCAUUUGGUUCCAAGCUUUUUUUUCAGUGCGGACUUGCCGUACUUUGAGCUGAUUGUUCCCACGGUGGAGACUGUAAGUAUCACCACGUUCCUGGGUGUUCUCGCGGCGAGUUCGCGCCACGUGUUACUGAACGGUAUCACUGGUACCGGUAAAUCACUGUCUAUGCUGAAUUUUGUCUCAAAUGUGCUCCGCGGCGAUGAUCCCUCUAGUAAGUGGGAGUACUUUACGACCGUUCUGAGUGCACAGAGUCGUGCCCAUGACAUUGAAGACCGGUUGGAGGGGAAGUUGUACAAGAUACGUAGCAAUGUUCUUGGGCCAUCGUCUGGAAAGCGUGUGGUGUUUGUGAUUGAUGAUCUAAACAUGCCAGCGCUUGAAAAGUAUGGUGCCUCACCUCCGUUGGAGUUGUUGCGUCAGCUCAUCACACAGGGCGGGUUCUACGACAAACGCAAGUCACCUGCUGUAUUUAAGGAAGUUCAUGACAUCAUCUACCUUGCUGCCUGUGGUGUGCCUGGGGGAGGCAGAAACGAAAUGACGAAACGGUUGGUUUCACGAUUCCACCUGUUGUGUCAGCCAGUGUUUAGUGACCACUCUAUCCGUCGUAUAUUUGGAUGCAUCUUGCACGGUUUUCUCUCCGAGUGGGAGGACGCUGGUGUGAGAAACUUAUCCCGGGAUUUGGUGGAUGUCAUUAAGCAGUGCUAUGAUCGAAUCAGUCGGGAAAAGCUUCCAACGCCGAAGCGUUCGCACUACACCUUCAACUUGCGCGACUUCAGUAAGGUUGUUCAGGGGACUAUGCAGGUCUCACCGCGUAGUGCACCCACCCGUGAGGCUGUGCUUCGCGCCUUUGUCCACGAAGUUAGUCGUGUCUUUCAUGACCGCCUUAUCGAUGACACGGACCGUCAGUGGUGGUGGGGCGCGUUAGGUGAGGUGAUGCAUGGCGUGUUCCAAAUGCCCUGGGACCCUGCGUUGGAGAGUGUGCUUUUUGGAGACUACAUGCGACGAGAUCGCUCCAUAUACGAGGAGGUCGUCCCUGGGGAUGCGCUACAAGAGGUACUUGCCGACUACCAGAAGAAUUACGAGAUGGAGAGCAAUAAAAGUGUGAAGCUGGUGUUCUUUAAGGACGCCAUCCAUCACAUUUCGCGUAUGUGCCGCAUCUUUAGACAGCCUCGCGGGCAUGCACUACUUGUGGGAAUGGGUGGAACAGGGCGGCAGUCGUUGUGUAGACUGGCUGCAUUUAUCUCUGACUUACCGGUAUACGGGGUUUCCAUCACACGAACGUUUAGCAUGACGGAGUUUCGUGAUCGCAUGAAGGAAAUCUUACUGGCAAGCGGUUGCAAGAAUCAACCUGUGCUGUUCUUCUUGUCAGACUCCCAAAUUAUGUGGGAGGAGAUGCUGGAGGACGUCAAUAACCUCCUCAACACCGGUGAGGUGCCAGGGCUGAUGCAAAACGAGGAUGUGGAUCAAAUUGUGGAGACCGUUAGGCCAUUCGCCACCGCGGCUGGUAAGAAAGAAACUCGAAAUGUCAUCUUCUCGUACUUUGUCUCGCUAUGUCGCAAUAACGUGCAUGUUGUCUUGGCCAUGUCACCGGUUGGAGAGCCAUUCCGUCGCCGUCUGCGAAUGUUCCCUUCACUUGUUAAUUGCUGCACAAUCGACUGGUUUGACCAGUGGCCUGCAGACGCCUUGAGCUCCGUUGCCUCGCGCAUGUUUACAACACUGGCGCUAGAGGAAGAUGUGAAGGGGCGUCUUAUUCAACUCUGCGUUGCCAUUCAUAUGGACGUACAGAAGCGCUCCGAAGAAUUCUUUGAGGAGCUGCGUCGUCAUAACUACACCACGCCGAGCUCGUACCUGGAGCUGCUUACGUGCUAUCAACGGUUAUUGGGUGAGCAGAGUGAGCAGAUCACAGGUCAGGCGAAGCGCUACCAGGGCGGUGUCGACAAGCUGCAGAGCACCCAGCUGCUUGUGGAUGAGAUGAAGAAGCAGCUUGUUCAAAUGCAACCCAAGCUGCUGCAGGCAGCGAAGGAUACGGAGGAAAUUAUGGAAAAGGUGAAAAAGGAACAGGGGGUUGCGCAGAUAGUGCGAGCGGAAUGUGCAAAGGAGGAAGAGCUGGCGAUGGGUAUUCGUCGCGAGGCGGAUGGAAUUCGGGCGGAGUGUCAAGCGGAGCUUGACAAGGCGCUGCCUAUUUUGAAGGCUGCAGAGGACGCCCUUGCCGAGCUACGGCCAGACGACAUUCGCGAGGUGAAGAGUUUUCAGAAACCGGCAGCUCGUGUCGUGCUUGUGCUUGAGGCGGUGCUGGUUUUGCUGGGGGAGAAAGAUCUUAGCUGGGAUCGCGCGAAGCUUGUCAUGAGUCGCAUGGACUUUAUCAAGGAUCUACAAAACUACAAGAGGGAUGAAUUAACCGAGCGUGUUGUGCGUGCGUUACAAAGGUACAUCAAUAAUCCAGAAUUUCAGCCGGAGGAGGUGGCGAAGAGCUCCAAGGCCUGCAAGUCCCUCUCCAUGUGGGUUCUGGCCAUCAACAACUACUACGGAGUAGUGAAGGUGGUGACGCCAAAGCGAGCACGACUUGCGGAGGCUGAGGCGAAGCUUAACGUUGCUAACAAUGCUCUUCGUGAGGCGCAAGAGCGGCUGAAGGGCAUCGAAAACGAAAUUGACGCCCUUAAACGCACCAUGCAGGAGAACAUUGAAAGAAAGGAGCAGCUUGAGAAGGACAUUGAACUCACCAUGGUGCGCCUUGAUCGUGCGGAGCAGCUCAUGAGUGGGCUGUCACGGGAGCAAGAUCGUUGGAGGAGUGCCAUUGAAUUUCUGCUGGGUGAGCUAAAGGGUUUACCAGGCAAGGUUGCCCUUGCAGCAGGGUUUGUUGCAUAUCUGGGUCCAUUCACAGCCCCCUACCGCACACGCAUGGUGCAGAACUGGUGGGAAAAGUGCAAGGAGCUUGAGGUUCCUAUCAGCAGUAGUACCUUUGACCUCACCAGCAUGGUCACCCCGCUGCAGGUACAACACUGGGCCAACAAGGGACUUCCACAGGACCCGGUAAGUAUUCAAAAUGGCGUCAUCACACACAAGUCCAAGCGUUGGUGUCUGUGCAUUGAUCCACAAGGGCAAGCGGCUCACUGGGUUCGGGCGAUGGAGCGUGACAACAACCUUCGCGUUAUUAAACUCACGGAUGCCACGUAUAUGCGGGUGCUAGAAAAUGCUAUUCGUAUGGGACUUCCUGUGUUGUUAGAGAAUGUGGAGGAAACCGUGGAUGCCGCCCUCGAUUCUGUUCUCCUCUGUCAAACGUACCGAUCACAGGGACGACUUCUGCUAAAGUUGGGGGACACUGAAAUUGACUACGACCCGGCAUUUCGGCUCUACAUGACGAGUAAACUAGCAAACCCGCACUAUCUACCCGAGCUACAGAUUAAGGUGACGGUGAUUAACUUCACUGUCACGCAGGGUGGGUUGGAGAACCAACUGCUGGCCGAUGUGGUGCGAUACGAGUACGCUGAACUGGAGACAAGAGCCAUUAAAACCGUGAUGAGCAUUGCAAAUGGUAGGAACCAGCUUAAGGAGAUUGAGGAUCGCAUUUUGACUUUGCUUGCCUCCUCUACUGGCAACAUUCUUGACAAUGAACCUCUUGUCACCACGUUAAAGGAGGCGCAGGAGACCAGUGAGGCGGUGACGACCUCUCUUGAGAUAUCCGAAAGGACACAGAAAGACAUUGAAGUGGCGCGUAACCGCUACCGUCCCGUGGCUACACGUGGUGCCAUCAUCUACACCGUCAUUUCACAACUUGCAGGCCUGGAUCAUAUGUACCAAAUCUCUCUUGACUUCUUUAAGCAACUCUUUGUGCAGACGCUGCAGCGCACAGAGAAAGCCGAUACUGUUGAGGAGCGUGUGGCACUGUUGUUGCCAGCCAUGACGUUGAACUUUUAUAGUACAGUUUGCCGUGGCCUGUUUGAGAAGGACAAACUGAUUUUUGUGGUUAUGAUGUUUGUGCACAUAUUCCGGCAUGAGGGGCUGGUGCGGGAUGCGGAAUGGGAGUUUCUCUUGAAGGGCAGCGAGGGUCGGUUGCUUGUGGAUGCUGAUACGGAUAUUUGGCCGUUGUGGAUGAAUGAGGCAGCGUGGAAUGAGUUAACCGCGCUCUCGCGGGCACUCCCGGAGGAGUUUGCCGAAAUCAAAGAUACCGUGUACGACAACGAGGCAGAGUGGUCCAGCUGGUUUGCGAGUGACAAGGCAUAUGAGUGGUUUCCGGAAUCCAUUGCAUCCCUCACACCGUUUCAGAAGUUGCUAGUGCUGAAGACGUGCCGUGAGGAUUUGACAAGUCACGGCCUCUCUAUCAUCUGCGCGCACUACCUUGGAAAGGCCUUUACAGAGAGCCCCGCCUUUGAUCUCGAAGGCUGCUUCGCCGACAGCACCCCGACGGCGCCGAUUAUUUUUGUGCUAACGCCAGGCAGUGAUCCUACGGUGCUCUUCACCGAAUUUGCAGAUCGCAAGGGGUUUGGUGGGAAAAAACUCACAUUGUCGCUGGGUCAGGAUCAGGGACCGAAGGCGGAGGCGAUGAUUCAACAGGCAUCCGUAGAAGGCUUGUGGGUGUAUUUGCAAAACUGUCACGUGUACGAGUCCUGGAUGCCGUCGCUUGAGCGUUGUCUGGAAGAGUUGCAAGCGUCCAUCACAGUUCACACAGACUUCCGACUGUGGCUCACGACGAUGCCGGCGCGCAGCUUUCCUGUGCUGCUCCUGCAGUCUGGUGUGAAGUUGGUGAAGGAGCCUCCGAAGGGACUGAAGGCAAAUAUUCGUGACAGUUUCUCCAUCGAAGUGACACCGACGUUGUGGGACAGUCGUCCCGCAAACCCGACCCCGUGGCGCCGGUUGCUGUGUUCACUGACGUACUUUCACGCGGUAAUACAGGAGCGGCGCAAGUUUGGCCCGCUCGGGUGGAAUAUUCCAUAUGAAUGGAAUCGGUCGGAUUUUUCCGCGUCGUUGCAUUCUCUUUCCGAGUACAUUCCCCAGGAUGCAGAGACGCAAAUGCCAUGGAGUGCGUUACGGUACAUGAUUGGUAUUAUUAACUACGGUGGGCGCGUUACGGACUUUCUCGACACGCGUUCGCUUGUGAACAUCCUUCAAGCAUACUUUAACGAGGACGUGGUGACGCCGGGGCAGUUCAACAUAACCGCAGAUGGUGUCUACUGCAUCCCGGCCGAGUUGGAAUCCAUCGAUGCGAUCAAGGAAUAUCUCGGAAACCUGCCGCCGUUUGAAAGCCCAGAACUCUUUGGACUCCACGCCAACGCAGACAUUAUUUACAACCGUGCCACAGUUCGAACGCAGCUAGCUUCCAUGCUUUCUGUGCAGCCUCGCACCAAGGGAACCCUAGGACGGAGCCCAGAAGAAAAGGUUAUGGACAUGGUGAACGAGUUUGAGCGUCUGCUACCCCCGCUGAUUGACAAGACACUGGCGAGUCCUGAUACGUACCAAAUCACCGAAGAUGGCACGAUGAUCUCACUAGGCACCGUGGUGAGUCAGGAGAUUGAUUUCUUUAAUGUUAUUGUCGAGAAAGUGCAGCGCACGCUGCUGGAACUGAAGCGUGGCAUAAAAGGUGAGGUCGUCAUGUCGUUGGAGUUGGAAGGUAUGUUUGAUGCAUGUCUCCUUGGUCAGGUGCCUCAGCUGUGGCAUGAGGGGGGUUAUCUCUCACGCAAGCCGUUGGCAUCAUGGUUUCAAGACACCUUGCAGCGUGUGGAGUUCUUUCGAGACUGGAACGACAACGGGAGGCCGAUGAGCUUUUGGCUCUCCGGCUUUUUUUUCCCACAAGGGUUUCUCACCGGUGUGCUGCAGGCUCACAGCCGCGAGCACAAGAUUCCCAUUGAUGACAUCUGCUUCCGCACGAAUGUGACGCGGUACGAGUUGGUGGACGACAUUGUAACGACCCCAACCUCCGGGGUGCUGAUCCACGGCCUCUUCCUCGAAGGCGCCCGCUUCGAUCUUGCCCGGAUGAUGCUUGACGAGAGCCGACCGCGCGAACUGUACACCCACAUGCCGGUGAUUCACCUAGAGCCGGUGCGGCUGAAGGAGCACGUCUUGACGGGGUCCACCUUAGAGUGUCCCGUUUACAAAACGUGUGCCCGUGCAGGGGCGUUGUCGACGACGGGGCUCUCAACAAAUUUUGUUGUGCUGCUUGACCUCAACGCUGGGGCGGCGACACCAGAGCACUGGGUGAGGCGCGGUGUGGCGCUUUUGUGCAUGCUGGACGACUGA